AUGCAGCGCGUGGAGAUUGAUGAUGGCGAGACAGAGGACAUUUUCUAUUCUUUGAACACAGCAUGGCAGUUGGAGGCUGUCUCUGAGGACGACCAACACUUAUACGAAUUUGGUUUGGCAUCUCAUGGCGCACUCGGCCUCCCCAAUACUUUCCACAGGCCUGCCCUGACUAACCAAGCUCAUCACCUCGCCUCUCUUGGCCAUACAUGUACUUCUGGAAACACAUCUUCAGGGCUCUAG